UAUCUUAUCCAAAGACCUCACUCAACGAAAACCCCAGUGACGUACAUAAAGAUUUUGUCGACCAUCAACCCGCUGAAGAAAACAAAAAUCCUUCAGAAGAAAUGACGUUCGUCUACACUGUAUUUUUUAUCGAAUGGGAAGCAUGUAAAGAUUUCUUAAGAGACAUACGAUUCCCUGCACGAACUCAAAUUGAGGUUCAUGUGUUUCACCGUAAAGAUACCGACCAAAACCAGCUUCGCAGCAUGAUUCCCGACAAAAGGCACCACGACGGCCGUCCAAUCAUCAUGAAGCACUCUUCACUGACGUCAUUUCCGAAUGCUGUCGAAGACUUACUCGUCUACUACGCGAGUUCGUUCGAUUUUUCAAGGCAUAAGAAACCCGAUGUUUACUUGGUCUCGGGCGAGGAUCGGCGCUACGAAGAGUUAGCGAAGAUUUUGCGAAAAGACAAACGAGUAUCGGCAUGGGUUAUCGACGGAAGAAGGACCACGCUUCUCGACUGGCUCGAUGCAAACUGUGUUUGCAAAAUGUGCAAAUUUAUCUUCGAAUCUGCACAUGAAGGAGUUCAGCACUACGAUGAAUUCCAUAUGAAGUAAACAGACACGCAGAAAGGAUUAAACCAAACACACUUUCUGCACUCAAUUUUCCCUCUGUCUGGGCCACGAUGCAAACGUUAUGAACCAGUGGAUCAUAAACUGAUCAGCAUCGCACAAAACAAAAUUGAAAGCUUGGCAAAUGUAGAUUGACUUCAUAAACUUGCCUGGCAAUUGCUAAUAAACAGUCCGUCACCGUAUUUCUUUUACUUUACAGUGAGGAACCUCGAUGAGAAAAUCUGUAUUUUUUUUUUAAUAUCUAGUGCAGUACAGUGCGUUGCAUUUUGACAGAUAAGCAUUCACAUUUGAUAGGCAAUCCAUGAAAUACACAGCCCUACCAAUUAAUAUGAGAUAAUAUAUGGGAUACUUUUGUCACUAAUGCAUGUAAAGGGUGUGUUUAAAUGCAGGUCAGGAAAAAAGGGAAGUUCCUGAGAAAAAUAACUUAAAAGGAUCAGCCAAAUAUUUGUGCCUGCUGGACUUGCUUCAAAAGGAAAUCCUAAACUUCAUGUUCUCGACCCAGUUUCCCUGACCUGCGUGCAAACAUGUCGAAGUGGGCUCGUAAGGACUUGUACUGAACGAAUGGCAAAGUGCCCACGUGACUCAUUAGGAGUCACAAUUCUGUAAUUUUUAAGUACUGCUUUUAUAGAAAGUUAUGUAUGUUUUCCGUUCUUUCAAAUGCAAAAUUACUUUGGUCUAAACUUA